AUGAGGAGAUCUCUUGAGACAUUGAAAGAGACGGCACCGCAGCAGAAAUCGUGGUUCUUCGAGGCGACGAACCGAACGAGUUGCCUGACUUUCGAGCUGAUACGAGGUCACGAGUCGACGGUGCACUGUUUGUCGUUGUCUCGCUGUCGUAAGGCGACAAGUGGUCGCAGUACGAGCCAAGUAAACAUUGAGCUCCUUUCGGAUGCUCAGACAGGCCCGUCCGCUGUUCACGCGCCGCGGGAAUCUCGGUUCAGAUUCUAG